UAGAACUGAGAAUCCGGAUGACCUGACGGAUCACCGGGGAUCGCUCGUCUCAUUGAAAUUUAUCAGCCGUGUCGACUUCCACUUAAGCAGGGUUUAAGGAGAAGGACAGAGUAUCUAUACGAGGAGGCGAAGGAGACAAGGAUUCAUUCCGCUUACAAUGGAGAGGAUGCUUUUGCUGAUGAGCUUGCUGGCCCGGUUCGUCGUUGCGGAAGUCCUGCUCGGCGACGUCGACGAGCCACUGCCUAUAUCAGACCUUAGUGCAGUAGCCGGUUUCAAAGCUAAGAUACCUUGCGACAUCGAUCCACCGAUUAAAGACGAGACGGUCAUCAUGGUAUUUUGGUACAAAGAUGAAAAGGAUGGCGAACCGAUAUACAGCAUGGAUGCUCGAGGGAGGCAGAUAGCUCAGGCGAGGCUUUGGUCGGAUCCGUAUGUGUUCGGUGAAAGGGCGAUUAUGAAGACGGACGUAAAGCCUGCUGAGCUGGAGAUAGAUCCUUUGGAGUUCACAGACGGAGGCGUAUACAGAUGCAGAGUGGAUUUUAAGAAUAGUCCUACGAAGAAUCAAAAGAUUAAUCUUACGGUUAUAGUGCCACCGAAAAAGCCGGUGAUAUAUACUGGCGCUAGCAGGAGUUUGGCUAAAAUACUGCAACCGUUUAACGAAGGAAGCGAAAUGUCCCUGUUGUGCGAGGUGAUCGGUGGUUUACCUCCGCCGAGAGUUACGUGGUAUUUCGACGACAAAAUCUUGGACGAUACGUAUACGCAGGAGCACGAUGAUAUAACGAUAAAUCGGUUGGAUAUUCGGAGGGUCACCAGAGACUUCCUGAGAACGAGGUUAAUUUGCAAAGCGGACAAUACUCAACUUAUGACGCCCCUGACUUCUGAGGUCAUACUGGAUGUGAACCUGAAACCGCUCGUGGUCAACAUUACGAAUAAGCGAUUUCAUUUGUCGGCAUUAAGAACGUAUGAGAUCGAGUGUGUCAGUUCGGGUUCUAGACCGGAGGCGGUAAUCACCUGGUGGAAAGGGACUCAUCAAGUCAAACAUAUGGCUAGAAAUUUCGCAGAUAAUCCGAACGUCACGAGGAGUGUGUUAAGCUACGUGCCGACCAUCGAGGACGAUGGAAAAUUUCUGACAUGCAGAGCGGAAAAUCCCGUGGUGCCUAACAGUGCCUUGGAGGACAAAUGGCACUUAUUGGUGUAUUACACCCCGGUGGUGAGCAUUAAGUUGGGUUCCAGUUUGAAAGCGAACGAUAUAAACGAGGGUGACGAUGUCUACUUUGAGUGCGACGUAGUAGCCAAUCCAAGAUCUUACAAGCUACUUUGGUUUAAAGACGGCAAGGAAUUGCACCAGAACGCCACCGCGGGGAUUAUUCUUCCCGGUGAUUCCUUAGUGUUGCAAAGCGUUACGAAAAGCUCCGCCGGGGAAUAUUCUUGCAUGGCAGCCAAUGUCGAAGGAAAAUCCGCGAGUCGACCGGUAACCCUCGAAGUAAUGUACGCACCGAUCUGCAAGGACGGUUCUUCCACCCAAGUGGUCGGCGCCUUGAAGCACGAAACGAUCUCGCUGGUCUGCGGCGUACAGUCGAAACCGCCGCCCACGACCUUCCACUGGACGUUCAACAACUCUGGGGAGUUGAUGAGCGUGCCAGCCACGAGGUACGCGCAGGUCAAACCGCUCAGUCUGAUUACGAACCACUGGCACGGCUCCAGACUGAAUUACACACCGGAGAACGACAUGGACUACGGCACGGUCGCCUGCUGGGCGAGAAAUCGGAUAGGGAUGCAGAGGACGCCCUGUCUCUUUCAGAUCAUCGUCGCCGGGAAGCCCUACCCCUUGCAGAACUGUACAGCUCUCCAGUCGACUGGACCCUACGCGUACCGAAUGGGUCACGAAGACUUUAAAGCCACCGACUCGAGGGACGCAGACUGGCUGAUCGUCAGGUGCUCCGAGGGAUUCGACGGUGGUUUGCCCUUGACUAAUUACGAGCUAGAGGUCUACAGCGAGGAGAACGUUUAUCAUGUCAAUACCAUCUACCUGAAUCACACCGAUAGAUCCGGCUCAUCCGGUCCAGUUUUCGAAGUCCCCGGCUUAGAACCGGGACGGAAUUAUAGGCUUCAUCUUUAUGCCGUCAACGCAAAAGGGCGGAGCGAUCCCGUUGUUUUGGAACCGGUCACAUUGAAAGGAGUAGCGAUGUACACCACUGGUCGUGGGAUCUCUGACGAGACGACCGAUUACAGCCUCCUGGUGGCGUGCUUCGCUGGCGGUAUAACUGCCAUUUGCAUUCUGAUCGUCGGGAUAACGCUGACCUUGUACCGUCGAAACCAUCCGACGCAGUCGACGAAGGCACGGGUAGCGGAGCCGAUACAGUAUGAGAGCAAGGAUCAGGACCGACCGGCGGCGCCGGCGGCGACAAACGAGGCUCACCGGAACGACUUGAAGGAGCAGAUAAACGCGGACGACGUGCCAGACGACGAUCCGGACGUGAUACCGAGCAAGGCCGUCGAGAGACGGCCGGACAUCUUCGAACCGGGAUAUGCGUCCAGCAAGCCGUCUGAGAAAGCCAAGGACUUCAGGUGCCUCGAGGACCUCGAUUAUCCGUCACCCUCGUCGGUGCUUCACGCCAAGGACUCCUGGGUGUAUCCGAACGGCUAUGCGGAGAAGAGCGAGAAGAGCUUGAGUCCGAUACGGCCCAGCACCCUGCCGGUGCAUCGCACUCACGAUAUCUACACGAGGAGUAUGCGUGUACAGGAAAGUUGUAUAUAGACGGAGGUAUAGCGUCUUUGCACCCAGCUAUUCGGGUCAGUACCCUCCAAUGCUCGCCAAACCGUCGUACGCGAUUAAACGACGCUUGUAAAUAGACAAUAAAUAUCGUUAAGGACCCACCCUCCCGACCGGCACAUUGACUCGACAUUCCUGUUAUUGUUUUUCACCUAGCUGUAAGAUGUAGAUACGUUAGCUUCGUUCUAAGAAAAAACGUGAUACUCGGGACGUCAGGGCGCGAUCAUAUGCGCGUGUACAGAGACAAUAAUUUUUUGCCGUAAAAAAAAAAGACUUCCUGUCACCUCUAUCUCUCAUCUCGGAAGCCUUUCCGUAAAAACUAUCCGCGAAUGUUUGA